AGUUGGCUGAGGCUCCUCGGGGGACUGGGGGGCCGAGCUGCGUAGAAGCGGGUGGCUAGGAAGAGAGGGGAGGAGAGCUCUGAGAGGGAAGCGGAGUCGGGGGCCUGGGACCUAUCUCGUCAGAGCCAGGCAAGUGAACCGGAGCAAACGACUUCCGAUCCAGACCGCGCUGCUGCGGCUCCCGUUUGGGAUUUGAUUUGCAGUAUCUUCGAGCCUGUGCGACAAAAAACCACGAAGCACGCCCAGCCCUGCCUGGCACCCAGAUACAGACCCACUCCCUCCCGGGGACACAGCUGGGCGCGUCCACACCCCCGCACCCCCCACACCAUGUUGUGCGGAAGGACUUCCACUCCCCUCCUGUGUCGUUGAUGUCAGACCCCAGGCCAGCCUCUGGGCGCUGCAGUUCUCCCGGCUAAGGCUGCAGCUCCGGCUCCGGCUCCGGCUCUAGCACAGAAUCAAGCUGCCUCCGCACACGGCCCCAGCGCCCACCGUCUGCAUGUGCCCGUCGUAGCCGCCUGCCCAGCCCGCAGCCCGCGCUCCCUGGAGCGCUGGAGACCACCGCGGGGGGCCCCUUCUGCCCUUGGGAGAAGCGGUCUUGGAGUUAUUGAUUUCCGUGGUUGGAUUUCUCCCGUGGAUCUAUCAAUUCACAAUUCGAAUUUGGAAGAAAAAAGGAAAACAUGACGUCUCCAGCCAAAUUCAAAAAGGAUAAGGAGAUCAUAGCAGAAUACGAUACUCAGGUCAAAGAGAUCCGGGCUCAGCUCACAGAGCAGAUGAAAUGCCUGGACCAGCAGUGUGAGCUCCGAGUACAGCUGUUGCAGGACCUGCAGGACUUCUUCCGGAAAAAGGCUGAGAUUGAGAUGGAUUACUCUCGCAACCUGGAAAAGCUGGCUGAGCGCUUCCUGGCCAAGACUCGCAGCACCAAGGACCAGCAAUUCAAGAAAGAUCAGAAUGUUCUCUCUCCAGUCAACUGUUGGAAUCUCCUCUUAAACCAGGUGAAACGGGAGAGCAGGGACCACACCACCCUAAGUGAUAUCUACCUGAAUAAUAUAAUUCCUCGAUUUGUCCAAGUCAGCGAGGACUCAGGAAGGCUCUUUAAAAAGAGUAAAGAAGUCGGCCAGCAGCUCCAAGAUGAUUUGAUGAAGGUCCUGAAUGAGCUCUACUCGGUCAUGAAGACAUAUCACAUGUACAAUGCCGACAGCAUCAGUGCUCAAAGCAAGCUAAAGGAGGCAGAGAAGCAGGAGGAGAAGCAGAUUGGUAAAUCUGUGAAGCAGGAGGACCGGCAGACCCCACGCUCCCCUGACUCCACGGCCAAUGUCCGCAUCGAAGAGAAACAUGUCAGGCGGAGCUCGGUGAAGAAGAUUGAGAAGAUGAAGGAGAAGCGCCAAGCCAAGUACACUGAGAACAAGCUGAAGGCCAUUAAAGCCCGGAAUGAGUAUUUGCUGGCUUUGGAGGCAACCAAUGCAUCUGUCUUCAAGUACUACAUCCACGACCUGUCUGACCUGAUUGAUCAGUGUUGUGACCUAGGCUACCAUGCUAGCCUGAACCGGGCCCUGCGCACCUUCCUGUCUGCUGAGUUAAAUCUGGAACAGUCAAAGCAUGAGGGUCUGGAUGCCAUUGAGAAUGCGGUAGAAAACUUGGAUGCCACCAGUGACAAGCAGCGCCUCAUGGAGAUGUACAACAACGUCUUCUGCCCCCCAAUGAAGUUUGAAUUCCAGCCCCAUAUGGGGGAUAUGGCUUCCCAGCUCUGUGCCCAGCAGCCUGUCCAGAGUGAGCUGGUGCAGAGAUGCCAACAACUCCAGUCUCGCUUAUCCACUCUGAAGAUUGAGAACGAAGAGGUAAAGAAGACAAUGGAGGCUACCCUGCAGACCAUCCAGGACAUUGUGACUGUUGAAGACUUUGAUGUGUCUGACUGCUUCCAGUACAGCAACUCCAUGGAAUCCGUCAAGUCGACUGUCUCGGAAACCUUCAUGAGCAAGCCCAGCAUCGCUAAGAGGAGAGCCAACCAGCAAGAGACAGAGCAGUUUUACUUCACGAAAAUGAAGGAGUACCUGGAGGGCAGGAACCUCAUCACCAAGUUGCAAGCCAAGCACGACCUUUUGCAGAAAACACUGGGAGAAAGUCAGCGGACAGAUUGCAGUCUGGCCAGGCGUAGCUCAACCGUGAGAAAACAGGACUCCAGCCAGGCAAUUCCUCUGGUGGUGGAAAGCUGCAUCCGGUUUAUCAGCAGACAUGGACUACAGCAUGAAGGAAUUUUCCGGGUGUCUGGAUCCCAGGUGGAAGUGAAUGACAUCAAAAAUGCCUUUGAGAGAGGAGAGGACCCCCUGGCUGGGGACCAGAAUGACCAUGACAUGGAUUCCAUAGCAGGCGUCCUGAAGCUUUACUUCCGUGGCCUGGAACACCCUCUGUUCCCCAAGGACAUCUUCCACGACCUAAUGGCCUGUGUCACAAUGGACAACCUGCAGGAGAGAGCUCUGCACAUCCGGAAAGUCAUCCUGGCCCUACCCAAAACCACUCUGAUUAUCAUGAGAUACCUCUUCGCAUUCCUCAGUCAUUUAUCACAGUUCAGUGAAGAGAACAUGAUGGACCCCUACAACCUUGCCAUCUGCUUCGGGCCCUCGCUGAUGUCGGUGCCGGAGGGCCAUGACCAGGUGUCCUGCCAAGCCCACGUGAACGAGCUGAUCAAAACCAUCAUCAUCCAGCACGAGAACAUCUUCCCCAACCCCAGGGAGCUGGAGGGCCCAGUCUACAGCAGAGGAGGAAGCAUGGAGGAUUACUGUGAUAGCCCUCAUGGAGAGACCACCUCGGCUGAAGACUCCACCCAGGAUGUGACUGCAGAACACCACACAAGUGAUGACGAGUGCGAGCCCAUCGAGGCCAUUGCCAAGUUUGACUACGUGGGCCGGACAGCCCGGGAGCUGUCCUUCAAGAAGGGGGCAUCACUGCUGCUAUACCAGAGGGCUUCAGACGACUGGUGGGAAGGCCGGCACAACGGCAUCGAUGGGCUCAUCCCCCAUCAGUACAUCGUGGUCCAAGACACCGAGGACGGUGUCGUGGAGAGGUCCAGCCCCAAGUCUGAGAUUGAGGUCAUUUCUGAGCCACCUGAAGAAAAGGUGACACCCAGAGCGGGGGCCAGCUGUCCCGGUGGGGGUCACGUAGCCGAUAUUUAUCUUGCAAACAUCAACAAGCAGAGGAAGCGUCCAGAACCUGGGAGCAUCCGGAAAACAUUUCGAAGCGACAGCCACGGGCUGAACAGUUCCCUGAGUGACUCCUCCUCCUCGGGAGUAGGGGCCAGCUGCCGCCCAGCCUCCCAGCCCAUCAUGAGCCAGAGUCUCCCCAAGGAAGGGGCAGAUAAGUGCUCCAUCAGCGGGCACGGGAGCCUUAACUCCAUCAGCCGCCACUCCUCCCUGAAGAACCGUCUGGACAGUCCGCAGAUCCGGAAGACUGCCACAGCAGGCAGGUCCAAAAGCUUCAAUAACCACCGGCCCAUGGACCCCGAGGUCAUUGCACAGGAUAUUGAGGCAACAAUGAACUCUGCCCUGAACGAGCUACGGGAGCUAGAGCGGCAGAGCAGUGUCAAGCACACCCCUGAUGUGGUUCUGGACACCUUGGAGCCCCUCAAAACCUCACCAGUGGUGGCCCCCACCUCGGAGCCCUCCAGCCCCCUGCACACCCAGAUCCUCAAGGACCCUGAGCCUGCCUUCCAGCGCAGCGCCAGUACCGCGGGGGACAUGGCCUGCGCCUUCCGGCCUGUCAAGUCUGUCAAGAUGGCUGCCCCAGUCAAACCCCCAGCCACACGACCCAAGCCCACUGUCUUCCCCAAAACGAAUGCCACUAGCCCUGGUGUCAGCUCUUCAGCUUCCCCACAGUCCACUGACAAGUCCUGUACUGUCUGAGGAGUCUAAUUUAAUUGUUCUAGACAAGGGGACUGUAGGGACUGACUGUUAUUAAAAUCUUCCUAUUUAACUAGCUUGGGGACUUCAGUUGAAAAUUAGAUUCUAAGUUGUUCUUGCAGAAUUAGCCUCCCCAUCACCCAAAACCUUGAGAAUGAAGCCCUUGUUCCUGCCUUUCCCUUUCCUUCCCACUGCCCUCUGCUCCCUCAGUCAUUGCAGUCCAGCCAACUGCAGUAAUACUGUUCUUAGGUUAGCCAGAGACAGUUUUCAUUAUCAGGUCACUGUGAAAUCGGACAAGGCAAGUCAUGAAGGUAUGCAUUCAACUCUCAGUCCCCUCUGGCCACAGGGGAUGCCUUGCCACAUGGCUUCUAUAUCCAGCUCUCAGUGACAUCUGGCUUUGGCCAGAUUUGAUUAUAGAAUCACAUAUAGUCCAUUCUUUGUUUCACACACACACACACACACACACACACACACACACAAGUUUUCCUAGUCUCUGGCAUGUGUAGCCUCCUGGUCAUAAGCCAGUCUCUUUGUAAAUUAUUGUGGCAAUUCAUACAGGAGCCACCAGGGGUCUCAGUUUCCGUUACAAAUUGUUCUGUCUGGGCCAGAGAAGCUACCUAGCCUUUGGACUCUCCCUCAUUCCGAUCUGUAACAGGAUGGGCCAAUCCUGUAAUCCAUGAGGGGCUGUGGGGCUUUCCCUGUCUUCUUUCUAUUGCUGUGAGUUGGUCACUGGUGUUUGCUUUUGCUCUCCAACCCAUAGAAGUACAACCUAAUCUUAUUAAGGAGCUCUUCAAGUUUUUCUGAAUGUGUAGACAUUUCUCGCGUUCCUAUCUUUGUCUCCAGUAGACCAUUUUCCAUUUAAGACAUUUUCCUAUAUAAGACAGUUUUGUAGCUGGUUCCCUUUAGAGUAAAGAGUCUUAAAGUUUUAUUGUGUCCGUGGCAGGUUUGAAAAAGGUAAGAAAUGGGUCCUUCUUCUUCCCAUUCUUUGGAUACUUAAAACAUAAAAUUCAUCAUCCUAUUAAAAAGUUAAAGUCCACUUUGCUAAUAUAAAAAUUGUUCCCAAAUGAAAAAUUAUUUUAAGUUCAUCCCUUACUUCGGUUAUUUUGAUAAGGUCUCUUUCUCCAGGGGUCAAUAGGCACCUAGCUGUAAAGAGAGACACUGCCCUAUAAAGUCGGUUUUCAUAUAUCCAAACAGAGACAGCUAAGGGAGCCUGGCCCCAGAGGUUGUUAAGUCUUCCCAAGGCCAGAAUCUAAAGAGCAUUAGAUGCUGCAUAUUGCGGCCUUCCUUUGGCCUUAUUUCCUGGUUUCCUUCCAAAACGCAGAAAUGAUACCCGUGCAUGCACCAGCCCAGGUUCCAAGCCGGGUGCCCAUGGGGGCACCCAGCUUGGAGACACCCACAUCUCAGGCUCACAGAUCCCACACAGCUAGGUGAGGAAAAGCUGGAAUUCAUUCCUCUUCUCUGUUUUCUGGUUUGAAAGCUACACUUUUGUUUGAGCCUUUUCGUUUUCUAUCAUUUAGGGGAGAUGGUAGGUUGCCAUUCUGGUGGGAAAAUCUGAGUGUCCUUUGACCUAGAAGAGACCUUGUUUGGACCAGUAUGUGAAGUUGGUAGUUGAACUGUGGAAAGCUUAGGACACUUCUCAUUCUGUGUGAGGAGGCAGAGCCAGGGGAGCCCAAUGAGGAAGGGUAACCUGCCACGUCAGGAAACCACUCAAGGAGCUGGGAGAAGCCAGGCCUCUUUCAGCACAGUGGGUCACCCCGGAAGAGGUAACCUGCGGUUCUUAGGCUUCUUGGUCUUUGUUGUUCUGUUUAGUGGCCUGUUCUUGUCUUGACCUGGGCUUCUGCAGGUCCUGAGCCAAGGGAGGGCUUUCAGACACUAGGACCUGCUUCCUAGUUGAGAAUGAAACCUCACUUUACACUUGACAUUCCUUCUAAUCCAGCUGAUCAGAACUGGUUCCCACACCUGCUCUGUGCCCCUCUCUCCAGUACUCUCUCCCCUGAGAAAGCAAAAGCGAAACUUCCUUAAAGACCAUGCUUUGGGCCUGUCCUGUUGCUCUUGCCUUAUUUCCCUUUCAACCCUGCACAUGACCUGUGUCUGCCGUCCCCUUGGUCAGUGUCCCUCUGCUGGUGUGUGUCAUAACCUGCACAAUGUGGAAGCGGUUGCCUGUGAACCCCAGCUCCGGGAACUGGGCUGUCGUCCUCAUCCCUGGUGCUCCUGACACCUUCAAGAUGUCCCGGUCGAGGACCGGGAGCCAACAGGAGGAGAGUCCUCGGCAGAGCUCCCUGCAGUCAACCGGAACUGAGGCUGCACACUGUGAUUUUACACCGAAAAGCCACAAGGAGCUGGUCACCCAGGGCCAGGGAGAUCAGUCUCAGACACACUGGCCGAAACCAGCACGCUGCUCCCGGGAGCCCCACCCUGCCCGCUGUGGCACGGAUCCUCUUCCGACACAGACUCUGAAGGGUCAGUCUUUGGGAAGAGGGGUGGGGAGGGGCUCCAGCAUCCCAAUUUGGAGAACAGAGGAGUUUGCAGCCAGCAGCCUGGAAACUGGAAUCCCUGGCCUCAGCCAACCUCCUCAGGGCACCCUGGUUUCUCCCCAAGACAGGAGCACUGACGCCAGCUUCGGAAGGAGCAGACCUCGGGGAGGGCUGGUGUCCGUGGACUUGAACUGCAGAAGAGAAGUUAGAUCUUCCAGGGAAUUGCAGUGUGGUGGCGUCUGACUUGUAUGUCACGUUUGUGUAAAAUGGUAUAUUCUUUAAAUAGUGUUGAUAACUGGAAUAUUGUAUGUAUGCUUGGAGAUGCUUUGUGUGAACCUAAGACUGUCACUCAACAGAUGUUGGAUUGGGGAAAAUCCAAAGCACAACUUCAAAAUAAAAUACAUUUUUAGGUUUC